AUGCCUCCAACAACAAAGAAGCGACGGGCGAGCAGCGACAGUGAAGACGAGGUCCCCAGAACCUCUGCCUCGAAGAAGAAUAAGAGCGCCGCCGCUGCCAGUGCGCCUGAUGGCAAAGAUGACGAUGGAAAUCCGUUUUGGGAGUUGUCAAACAAACGACGUGUAGGAGUCUCCGAGUUCAAGAAGCUGUGUUUCGUCAACAUCCGCGAGUACUACGAGAAGGAUGGAAAAACGCUCCCAGGCAAAAAGGGCAUUUCUCUCUCCGUUGAACAGUAUCUUGCUCUCCUCAAGGCGGCCCCCGGUAUCAACGCGGCGCUGCGGGCAAAAGGUCAGGAUGUCGAGGACCCGGACGAAAUGGACAUUGAAGAGCCCAGCGUUUCUACGAACAAGAGAAAAUCCAAGUCGGACAAGUCCAACAUCGAAGCAACCAGCGAUGAAGAUAAUGAUGAGGAUUAA